AUGUCCUCCGUCAAUCUCACGGAUCUGACCAGACAGAUCGAGUCUGUUGCAGCCUCUACAACAGAUUUCCAGGUGAAUGAGGCAGACCGGAAGCGUCUCCUCCAAGCGUGUGAUCAACUUCGCAAGAAAUUGGAAUCCCCGUUUGAAUUCACCUUACGAACGAUCUUCGCGGGUUAUCCAGCCAUAGCAUUACGAUUGGGCAUUGAUAUGAAGCUCUUUGAUGCGGUAGCGCAACAUACCGAGUCCUCCGGUGGAGGGAUAGCGACUCUAUCGCAGCUAGCUGAGAUAACUAAAGCCGAUCCUCUUCUUGUGUCGCGCAUCAUGCGUUUCCUAUCCGCACUAGGAAUCUUCAACGAGAUUAAGCAAGACGUCUACGCUUCAACCCCGCUUGCAGCCGCCUACAUCUCGAGCUCGCCUCUCUCUGCCGCCGUCAUUCAUGUCACGCACUUUCUCAUGGUCCUCACCCAACUCCCAGCCUACUUCCAAGAGAAAGGCUGGCAGAAUCCGAACAACGUCCUCGACGGCCCCUUCCAAUAUACCACCAAGACCAAAUCGCACUACUUCGAUUUCCUGGCCGGGGAGCCCUACUACCAGCAAGCGUUCAAUACGGUGAUGACGAUCUCGCACCGCCGCCAGGGCCAGAACUGGUUCGACUUUUUCCCAGUAGAGGAGAAACUAGGUGGGGUGGUCGACGAGUCCAACGUCCUACUCGUGGACGUGGGCGGCAGCCAGGGUGGCGAUAUCAUCGCGUUCCAGAAACGGUUCCCCUACCUCCGGGGCCGCCUCGUGCUGCAAGACCUGCCGGUUGUAAUUGAGGCGAUUCAGGAAAGGGAGCUCCCCGCGCGGAUCGAGCCGCAGGGGUACGACUUUUUCGAGCCGCAGACCGUGACAGGGGCGCGGGCGUACUAUCUCCGCACGGUGUUGCACGACUGGCCCGAUGCACAGGCCCGACAGAUCCUGGCCCGGAUCCGGGAGGCGAUGGCGCCCGAUUCAUUGCUGCUUAUCAACGAGACCUUGCUGCCCGAAUCGAAGAUCGCCCUGCCCUCGGCCCAGGCCGACCUGACAAUGAUGGUCUCCUUUGCCUCGCUGGAGCGGACCCAGGCCCAGUUCGAGCGCUUGCUGAAUGAGUCCGGGUUUGACCUCGUGAAAGUCUGGAUGCCGCAAGGGUUUACGGCGAGUUCGGCGGAGCUCGUAUCGCAGGCGACCUUGCUGGAAGCGAGGCUGAAAGCUUCCUUGGAAUGA